AUGACUCCUGUACUAUUGGAAGACCAGCCUGUCUGGAAUAGGUUAAUUAGAUUUGAAGAUGUUAAUGGUCAAGAGAGAUACGGUGAACCUAUUGACGAUGAGCUCGAUGUUGGAAUUGCUUUACACCGUGGCGAAGACGUAUAUGCUAGGAUUGUUCGAGCCGAGUCAGCUCUAGACCUAUCCGCCGCCCUAUCAGAAGACGUUGUGCAAGUAAAAAGGAUAUUGGCACCGCUUAGACCAGAGGAAGCGGGUACAAUACGAUGCAUUGGACUCAAUUACCGCGAACACGCCGCAGAAAUGAAGUUGUCAAUUCCCAAAACCCCGACAAUGUUUCUCAAGGCAACAGAAACAAUCAAUCACCCUUCAGGCCACAUCGUUGCCCCUCACUGCGCAGAUCUACACGACUGCCAUUUGGACUACGAAGUGGAACUCGCAGUUGUCAUCGGAAAGACAUGCAAAGAUGUCUCCGAGGAUCAUGCCAUGGAAUACGUGCUAGGUUACAUGACCGCCAACGAUGUCACCGCACGGACACACCAGAACGAAGUCUCGCAGUGGGAUCGCGGCAAGGGCUUCGACGGAUUCGCACCAAUCGGACCAGCUCUCGUUUCGUCAAGGGUCAUUCCCGACCCGUCGGUUUUACAGCUCCAGACCGUCCUCAACGGACAGGUGAUGCAGCAAGGAGAAGCGAGUGACAUGAUUUUCACCGUUCCCAAGAUAGUGUCGUUUUUGUCUCAGGGCUGCACGUUGCAAAAGGGGACUAUUAUUCUGACUGGGACCCCAUGCGGAAUUGGUGUCAGCCGAAACCCGCCAGUUCGGCUCGUCGAAGGCGACGAGUUGUUUGUAACUAUUAGUCAUGGCCUUGGGUCGCUGACAAACCCCAUUGCGUUCAAAUCAUCGAAGCAUAAUGGACACCUUAUUGAGGCGAGAAUUUAG